AUGAGGCCAGGGACAUGCAGAACAGAUAGCUUGCCUGAGACUGUGAGGUCUUUCUUGGACAAGGAGGAGUUCCUGGUGAACGAGACAGUGCUAACGAGCUGCCCUGGGCACUCCGGAGAUGAGCUAUUCAGUGCUACCUGCACAGAGAUGGAGGACAACAGGGCAGACUGGAAUCUCUCCUGCCUCCGAAGAUGCAAAGCCCCCUCCAACUGGGACCCCAAGCUGCAGUUUGCCCCUGACAAGACCAGCUAUGCCUUGAAUGAGGUGGUGCAGCUGAGUUGUGCUGGGAGCUACCAGCCAUCAGUCCCUGUGCUCAGCUGCAUUUCCAACAGGAGCCAGACCUUGUGGAAUGUAACUGCUGUAUGCGAGGGAACAUGCCAAAGACCCCAGUGGGAUCAAAGUCUCCAGCUGACACCAGACCAAAGGAAUUACAAGGAGAAUGAUGAGGUGAUGCUGAGCUGCCCUGAGGGCCUGCACCCAUCCUUCACUGAGGUCAAAUGUAAAAGUGAGGUCAAGUCUACCAGUCAUGGCAAACCUGUAUACAGAGAAGUCUGGAUGGGGAGGAAUGGCACAGCUGGCUGGAUCCACAUUCGGUCUGACAUAGAGUGCGCUGAACUUCUCCAGAUUUUCCCUGAGACCGUGGAAGUUUCUGCCACCAGCAUCAAACUGAACUGGACCUGCAGGUUCCCACAUGCCUGCCAGGACAUGCGGGGCAUCUGCCAUCUGGCCUGGUCUCCCUCCCCACGCUGUAAAGUUGAAGAGGUCAUGGCAGGGGAGAUGCUACAGGGUUGGAAGGGAACAUUUACCUGUCCCCUUCUGCAGCCCUUCACUCUCUACAGUGUCACCAUCUACUUGCCCCCCAGCACGGUCCUAUUCACAUGGCAAUUCCAAACAAAGCAAACUGCCUGCCGCUGCUGCAGCAGGACAGAUGACCUUUCGGAUGCCAAAACCUGCAUGGGGGGCCGGUUGCAGGCUGUGUCCUGGGCCAGGAGCUGCCUGCACCCUGUUCCGGGGUACGUGGCCGCGGUGCUCAACCUCACAGCCCCCACUGACUUCGUGCUGGGCGACGGCACGCUCCGGCACGGCUACUACAACGCUCCCCUGCAGCCCGACGGCAACUACGCGGUCCUGCUGCGUCUCGUUCGCCGCGGGCAGCAGGCAGAGAAGUUCACCUGUGUCUGCUACAACGUCUCCGCUGGGCAGGAGCCGAUUUCUCAGCUGGUCAGGACGGUGGUGGUUAUAGCAGUAGCGCUGGUGGUGGCACUCCUGGCACUGGGGAUUUUGCUGCUCUUCUUACUCGUCAGGAGGAAGCGUAACAGUUCAAAAGCUUGUGAAAGAAACAGCACCAUCCCCCUGAAGAAAUGCCGAGGAGGUGCAGUAUGA